AUGCCUGAUGGAGCCGCCACCCUGGCCUGGCAAGGGAUCCUGGCCCGCAGCGGGCUGACUCCCGGCCCCCCUCCGCUCCCCUCAUUGUGUGACACGCAGGUAACAUACGACUCCGAAGUGUCGGACCAGGAUCAGGACAUCCGCGAGCUGUGGACCACGGCCACGCUGUCCCAGCCGCAUGUGGACGUGCUCGAAGCCACGAAGUACUCGGACACGGAGUACGGCAACAUCGGUCACCGGAGGAGUGGCACCAUGGUUGACUCGGUCAUCCGCGGCUGGGAGUGGAGGAAGAUGCACGUCUCUCUGCCCGGUGACAAAAACUUCAAGCACGGGAUGGACGAGCGCACCUUGAUGCAGCUGGAGCUGCAGCGCAGCUGCAUGAGCCCUUUAGAAGACGACAAUGACGACGAUGACAAGGACUUAAAGAGCGAAGAGGAGUCUGAAAAGAUUCCCUCCUCCUCAUCAUCAUUCUUGCAGCUAAAACCUCAUCGUGCCUACUGGGCUGAGCAGCAAAGCAGGCUGCCACUACCCCUGAUAGAAGUCAUGGAGAACGAAGCUCUAGAAAUCCUCACCAAGGCCCUCCAGAGCUAUCAGACCGGGAUCGGCUGGAACCACUUCCUGACCAAGCAGCUCCAGCGAAACAUCGAGGCGCUCCGGAAACGCCGCAACAAGAGGCUGCAUGUCGUACAGAAAUGA